AUGCGCACAAACUGCGCCGAAGAGGACGAGCAUGCGCAUUGUGGUCACGCCAUACCUUCCGAGCCUUUACUGUUCGAGCCGACGGUCGGGCUUCGCCUGAAUUAACUGGGGCUGUUUAAAACAAACAUACACACCCCUGCGGCUAGCUAGCAACUCGUCGUCACAAAUGGCGAGGUAUCUGCGACCCCCAAACUCCUCUCUCUUUGUCCGGAAUAUCUCGGAGGAGUCCAGGCCAGAAGAUUUGCGGCGUGAGUUUGGUCGUUACGGGCCUAUUGUAGACGUCUACAUUCCACUUGACUUCUAUACGCGGCGGCCAAGAGGAUUUGCUUACAUUCAAUAUCCUUUCUUUUUCUUCUCCUUUUUGUGUCCCAUUUGUAACUACUAUCUCUUCUGUUGUUACCUCAGAAUGGUAAAGAUACAGUUCUGGAGAGCCCGCCCUCCCCCACUACCGCUACACACAGAAAAGUUACCAGGUAGAGUAGCCAAAGAUCAAGCGCUUUAGAAAAAAAAAAAGAAAAAACUCACACAGCAAAAGCAUCAAGAUGCAAAGAGGGGCGCGUGCAAGAGAAAGACAGAGCGGCCAUUUUGUCUGCCAAAGGGAGCGCCUCCAUUUUAUGGGCCAAAGCGAGGAAAAGCGGGCGAAAAGUGUUUAUUGGGCAAAGACAAGCGCUCCUCCGCCAAGGCAAUAAAGAGCAAGCUCAAGUUCAAAGUUAAAAGGUAAAGAAGACAAGAUUUUUUUUUCCCUUUAUGUAUCCUCUUCAAAUCUGAUCACCAUAUAUUUAUCUGUCUUGUCCACACAGUCGUCAAUCGCAAGACCCUUCGGGGUCUUGCGUUUUGUGCUCGAUUAUAUUAAUGGUGUGCCAGCACUGAUCUCCAAGCGAAUGUGUACAAAUGAAAACUUGGAAAGACGAGUCCAUUUGUUUGGCUCGUCUGCGCGUACGUCUGCUGUCUUGUGUCCGACAAUCAAAACCUUAACCGCGUUGGCACGUUUGAAGAUGUCCGCGAUGCCGAAGACGCCCUCCACAACCUGGACCACAAGUGGGUGUGCGGGCGCCAGAUUGAGAUCCAGUUUGCCCAGGGUGACCGCAAGACUCCCAACCAGAUGAAGUCCAAGGAGCGCCAUUCCCCCCGCAGUUUCUCGCGCUACGACGACGAAGACCGCCGCCGCCGAUCCCGCAGUCGUAGCUACGAGCGCCGCCGUUCGCGCAGCCCCUCGUACGACCGGCGGCCGCGGAGGUCGUACAGCCCCAGGGACUCGCGCUCCUACGGCCGACACCGACGCAGCAGAAGCCGCGAAAACGAUGGGCGCAGAAGCGGCCAGCACGAGCGCCACAGGACCCAGCGCGAGGCCGGCUCCAGGAACCGCUCGGCGUCCCGCUCGCCCUCCCGCCCCAGGCCCAAGGGCCGAAAGAGCCGAUCUCGGACGCACAGCCCCGCCGCGCAGGAAGAGGAAUUCCACCUGGCUCCCGGUUCCCACAAGCGCUCAUUUGGCCGCUCCCCGUCGCGCUCCCCGUCCCGUUCCGUGUCCCGUUCGCGAUCACGUUCCCGCUCCUGGGCAGAGUACAAGUCCGGGGGGCGCUGAGCAGCGGUUCGCUUGAACACUACUUUACCGUCUUUAGGAACACAUUUUGUUUAUAUGCGUUUUAUGUUUUGAUGAGGUCUUACACUUUUCCAAGUAGAUUACCAGAACACCAUGCGAUGGAUGGAUAGGCUGGCCCAGGACCUACACUGGACUCUCCCAUGUCCAAAUCAUUUUGUGGGCAGCAAAGUCAUUUCCAUUUCGGCAAAUCUCACGAGGCCCUUUGUUUUGUUGGUCAUCACUGGCAGUUUUAUUAGUUGAUAGCAGUUCGGUCAACAUCG